GCCAUCGAAUUCUACCACUGGUUUGGAUAUAUCCCACCACGCCAAAAGAGGGUGCGCACAAGCUAGCAUUCAGUUGUUACCUUGCAUCUACUACACUUUGUCCUCUCGACCCUGGCAUAACGGGUUGAAUGUUGGACUCUUUGUUUGUUUGAGCAGUGAUUACGCGGCUGUUUUAUUUGCGGUUUCACGCGUCGCGCCCAGCAACGCAUCAGCAAUAAUGCCUGCAAAGCGCGUCAACACUGAUCCUGACAAGAGGACAGAGGCGCUACACGAGGCUGAAAUGAAGCACCAGCGGGAGGCGCUCGAGUCCACCAUAAUUGUCAAGGAUGAGGAGGUCCGGCGGACCCGGGUGCGGUCAACCAUGCUGCGGGAUGAUGUAGCGACCAUCCGCACACAGCUAAGCCAGCAGACAGACCGCUACGACAAGCUAUCGAAACAACACACUGAGGCACGCAGCAAGCUCGUGGCCUCUACAAGGAAGAGCGAUGAGCAGGAGAAGAAGCUAAAAGCCCAAGCACGGGAGAUAUUGAAUCUCAAGGCCGAGCUCCAGUCAUUGAACGGUGUUUCGCAAGACUCUACCAAAAUGCUCUCCGAAAAACUUGCGUUGACGCGCGAACUUGCAAAUCUGAAGCCUGAGCUGGAACACCUCAGAUCACAGUUAGCGAACCACAGCGAGAUGCUGGCUGAAAAGCUGGCACUCGAACGCCAAGUUAACACGCUCGAGGUCGAGCUCGCAAACGAGAAGCGGGCAGCUCAGCGCGCAAUUCAGAGACAGGAGACCAAGGAAGUAGAAGUAGAGGAGGAGCUUCGACAGCAAAUACAAGAUCUUGAGAAGAAGCUGGCCAAUGAGAAGCGCGCGGCCCAGCGCGCAAAGCAGGAUGCAGACAAGGAAACUGAGCUUGAGGAUAGGCUACGGCAGCAAGCAGACGAAUUUGAGGCUCAACUCAAGACGCAACAGACAGAGGCAGCAAAGGCCAGAAGAGAACUCGAGAGGCAGCUGGCUGAGUUGACAGCCCAAAACGAGUUUAUUGACGAAAGAUUCACAGAGCUCAAGGCCAAGCUAAAGGAGACACGACAGGAGCUGAAGAGCUGCCGCGCCGAGCUCCAAGAAGCUAAACAAGCAGCUGCGAACCGCGUGGCCAAGGCACCAGUUGCGGCGAAGGCAAAGGGCAAGGCGCAACCCGGACAGAAACGUCGCGCCGAAGAGAUGGCGCAAGGGCUUGACAUACUUGCAACUCCAACAAUUGAGGAGAAGCGUAGCAAGAAGCCUCUUAAGAAGAGGGUUGAGGCACUCGCUGGCGAGAAGUCCAUGUUCUCAAUCACGCCGUUCUUGACAAAGACCAUCAGCUUCGCCGAAGGACCCGUCGAGUUUAGUGCCGGAGGCAAUGGGGCAGCGGGAGAGGAAGACGAAGAUGAAGACGAUGUCAUGGACGACACAUUUGCAGGGCAUCAGUCUAUGGAAUCUGCAGCCGCUGAAACGACUGUUCAGUCUGAGGAGGACGCAACAGAAGCCACAGAGGUUGAAAAGCCUGAUGCACCUGUGGCCAGUAAGCCGCAGCCCAAAUCAAGGGGCAGGCCAAAACAGAAGGUAGCUCUCCGCGAGUCCCCCUCGGCCCAGAACAUAUGCCUGACAACAAACCGCAAGACGUCAAAGGAAGAGCAGACACAAACACUCGAGAAGGUGGUAGAAGAGGCCGAGGAGGGCGGCGACCAGGAGAACAGAACGGUCGCCGUUCCUGCUGCCAUAACCGCCACUAAAAAACCAGCGCAGAAGAAGGCCAAGGCCACCGUAGUGACAGCGAAAAAGGCGACGACCGAGAUAGCAACCGAGACGAUUGCGGAGACGACCACGACAGAAGCAGAACCUAAGAAGAAGAAGCGGAAGCUGUUAGGCGGUGCGGCAAAGACGCUCUUUGACGACGAAGACGAUGCAGAGGCAGCACCAGUCGCUAAGAGGCAGCCGGGCAAGGUGCAGCUUGGCAAGGGAGUUGGUAAAGUGCAACUAGGUGCUGCGGGCGCACGCGCUUUUGCUGGCCAAGCCUUUUCGCCAUUAAAGCGUGACCGUAGGGGAGUCAACGCAAGUUUUCUUGCGUGAAAAGGUCUCGUUUCGUUGGAGACUUGUUGGACUUUUUAAAUUGCAUUAUCACGGCGUUUUGGGUUGGGGCUCAUGGGGUGGAUUUCUGUGUUCAAUGCGUCCCUGGAAUAUCAGGGUAUGAGGUUGUUCUGUAUGAAUAAUUACGAGGUGGUCUGUCAUGUGCCCAUACAGAGUUGCACUCUGAAUGAAUUUCAUGCAAUGAAACAAUUACUUGUUCAUUCGAUUUUUCUCUCACGUUCGAUGUUCUAUUAGGCUCUUGUUUUGUCGUAAAUUUUGUAGGGACAUGAAAUACAUUGCAACCAGUCUUUGAGAUGAGAAAGAAAAGCAAUGCGCACAGGCCAGCAAGGGUGAGUGAGGUUUACUGCUCAA